AUGGGCAUUAAACGAGAGGCUACGGUGGAGGAAGCUCUUAUGAGGGAUAAAAGAAGAAGAAGGUAUCGCUCUCGGGUUUUAAAUGAGAUUGAGGCAGAAAUGGAGACUGUUAGGGAGAGGUUGAGAGUGAAUGCUGAGGAUGUUAAUAUGUGGAGAUGUGGGUCAGGGGAUAAACAAAGAUUUUCAACUCAUGAAACUUGGUGGUUGCUAAGAAUGGCCAGGGAGAGAUGUAAUUGGUCAAGGAGUAUAUGGUUCUCGAAGGCGACUCCUAAGUUUGCGUUUGUGGCCUGGCUUGUUGCUAGCAACAGAUUGUCAACUAUGGAUAGAAUUACUCAGUGGGAUCCUGGAGCUGAUGCGACUUGUGUUCUUUGCAAAAGGGAGCCGGAGUCUAGGAACCACUUAUUCUUUGAGUGCUCUUUCUCUAAUCAGUGUUGGGAAAAUUACCCAAUAUCAAUGAGAUAA